AUGACAGCCACACAAGAAAAAUCCAAGAGGCGAAUCAAGCCAAUGCGUGUGAAUCAGAACCGGGAAAUGAGACCAGGCAUGAACCCUUCCUUCCUGGCACCAUUAGAGAAGAGCAAGACAUCUUUGGAGUCUGAACGUCUUGACUUACGCCGGAAGAAAGAGGAAUCCAAAAACAUCCUUGAAAAACAACAAGAACGAGUUGUCCCUGAAUCUCUGCCAGGCUCUGUAGCAUGUUGUGUGCUUGAUCAACCCAAGGAAACAUCCACUUUGGAUCGCCUGGCCUUGUUUUACUGCCAUGUUCUAAGGAAUCAUCACAUUCCAAAUGUGUUUCAGGACAUUCAUCUCAUGUUUUCUGUUCUGGUUUCCAGUCAAACCCAUAGAUAUCAUGAUGACUCAUCUAUACCAUGCACAUUUAUGCUGUAUGAGGAUGCUGUCUACUUCUGCAUUACCUGCUUAUUGAAGCUGCCUGAAUACUUGAGGCUCCUUGACAAGGGUGUUCUGGAGUUCCUUGCAAAUUCUUUCAAGAACUUUUUGGACAAAGAUGCAUCUUUGAUCUUAUCUCACUUGAAUAAAGGAUUAGGAAAUCACACAGAUGAGAGAGUGAGGAGCAGCUUGGAGUCCUCAACUGGCCUGGUUGGAUUUGAUGCUGAGAUUGACAUUCGAGGGAACUUCCUAACAGAUGAAUCCUUCCAUGCAUUCAAAAAGCAACGGGAUGUUUUCUUUGAUGUGCUAACUACAUGGCAAAAGUGCCACAUAGAUUCCAGAUGGGACUUCAGAGUUGGUCUCUCACGCAAAAUUCAGAAUCUUCAUUCUCUUUCCAAAGAUGUAGUCAAUUGGAAUCAUUUAGCUCGCCUGCUUGUUGACCAAGUGCUGCUUGGAGCACCAUCCCCAUCUAUGGAAUUGGGUUUUGCAGCAGAAGAUCAUUACCCCAAUCGCCUCCAGAAGCUGGAAGAGAGACUCACCAAGCCACAGGCCAUGGCGAGAGAUCCAGCACCAAAGCCAACAUUCUCUGGAAUAGAAGAAUUUUUCCAGAACUUCCUCACAACUGCACCAAGUUACACACUGAUAGAGCAUGUGAAAGGAGUGCUAAGAGCCAAGAUCAUUGAAUUGAAUUCAGCUGACCUUCACCUGACCAUUGAGGAGGCUCCUUCCUCUGACUCAAUUGAGUGUGUACCUGAUGAGGUGGAAAAGCUGUCAUCAUCCAUGCGCACCUUGGGUCGGCUCUAUGGCUGGAUCAUAUUCCAUCCCUAUAAGGAUGUUGGAGACAUUCCUGAUACUAGUCUUGUAGCAGAAUCUCUCAAGGCUUUCCAUCAUCAGGCUGUACUAAAUUUGGACAUAGCUGGGUUGCUGCAUCAAGCAUGUGAAGAAGGCCAUCUACUUCUCACCCUCCCUUGGAUCCUGGAAUGUUUGAUUCAGAUUGACCCCAUCUCAUCAUCUAUCAAGCCAUAUCGCUCCAUUUAUGCUCAGUUGGUCAUGCUACAUCGUGUCUUGGGCUCAUGCAGAACAUUGAGGUGGGGCAAGAACAAUCGUGAGGCACUGACACUCCUCCUUGGUUGGUUUUUCUCUGUUGCUCCCUUCCGAACUGAGCAGUUUUUUGAAGAGAAUGACCCCCAGAUAUGGAAAGCAAUGAACUGUGAGAACAGGUCUCGAAGAUCAUUGGACACUAGUUUCUCCUUGUCUGUGAAUCAGGUGCAUCGCAUGUGCCCCUUCUUGAGGGGAAUCCCCACUCUCAUCGACAGGUGCUGUGGUUCAAAUCAUAGUGUUGGUUCACUGAGGAAGAUCACACCAUUUUCUGGUCUUGGGAGGGGAGAAUCUCAGAUUGAAGAUACACUCCAAAGAAAAUUGGAAGUUAGCUUCUUCCAGUCACAUGGAAAGUCAUUGAAGAAAACAGUGGACUUUGUGGGUGAACGAGUGGCAUCCCGGGUUGUAAAAGAGAUACGAUACAAGAUUCUUCCUGCUUCAAUUCAAAAGGGAAUGGCUGAAAUCGAUUGGUUGGUCCAAGAGAUGGAAAAAUAUCACCCAAGCACCCUUCCUCUACCAUCUUUGUCUGGAUUGAAUCAUUUUCAAGUGUUCCUGGAUCACCUGUCCAUGGCAUGCAUGGACAAGGCUCUGAGGGAUAUCAAGGAGUUGACCAAUGCUGAAGUGAAGAUGCGAUGUUGCCAAGUUAUCCCCCUUCUCCUCUCCAAAGAUACUGAGACCACUAUAGUUGAUACUGCUGCAGCAUUUGCAAGUGAGGAAGCCAGUAGGAAGGUAUCAUCUUGGACCAAGGCACAUGUCAUUCCCAGUUACUUCUUCAAGGAGCUGAAUGCUAUUCUGAAGAAGUACCUGAUGCAGGAGAGGUUGAGAGAGCCAAUAGCUUCAGCAACAGGUGUGGUUCUUGAUGAAUUGUCUCUACCUUCAUGUGUGCUUGGUGAACUACAGGAGAUUGGGAGGAGAUUAAUGUAUAGUCCAGACAAGGUGAACAUGAAAGACAUCAUGGGUGCCAUUGUGUCCCUGAAGAAGGUUCAGGCUCAUCUAACCCAAUUGGGGAAACAGACUCUCUACGUACUCCUUCCAUCACUCUUCUUCCUUUUCUCCAAUAGGUUCCCAAAAGAGGAGAUGGAAACUUUAGUGGCAAGCCUCAGGGAUGUACAUGAUGCAAAGGAUUGCUCAUGGAUGAAUGGUUUUCACCUGCAACUGGCCUCUUUGACCUUCAAGGGUCAAGGACGUACCAAUGGUUGUGGCUGGGAGGAUCUUAUGAAGUCCUUGAUCAAACAUGGAAUUUCCUCUCCUGAGCAGUUUGAAAAUGCUGCUCUCAUGCUUCUCAAGCUAGAUCUUCAUCAGGAAACCCUGAAUGGUUUGGGUCGGUGUUUGGAAGACCUGAGUAUGACCUCAAAAUACCAUACUGGGGCCAUGGAGUGGAUGUCGUGGUUUUGUAGGGAUGAACCCUUUACUUGA